AUGUACCUCCCGCGCGAAUGCACAAUGUCAAGACUGAAAUUCUUCAUGGGUUUCGCCCUCCUCAUUCUGGCUCAGAGGUACGAUGCAGCAAUGGAUAAAUCAUGGCGAGAUGUGGUUUACAAUGUUGCACCAGAGCAGCACAUGAUGCAGAUUGAACAGGGGCCACAACUCUUACCAUUAUUUCCAACUCGUUUUUCAAGAACACAAACCACUGGCGAUUCAGCCCAGACAGGAGAUGAACAUCAGAGCCGGAAAAGGCCAACUGGAGCUAUCCGAGAGAGCUUCAAAAUUGGGAAAGUUCAAGGACCUUAUCAUCCAACUGCCAAAAGACAACAGGUAGAUCUAGAGCUAAGAUUAGCCGUUUCUCGUCCAACGACAGCGGCCUUGUCAAGUUUACCGCCUUCAGAAAUUGGAACCAAUGAUAAGCCAAUUCCUUCAGAAAUCAUCGGGGUAUCUGGCUCAGAAAGCGAGAAGAAUUUUCGUCACCCCACCAGCGCCAUAAAAAAUGCGAGACCUGAAAGCUCAAGAGCUCCGAGUUGCCUUGCAAGGAAAUCGCCGAGUAGCAAUGUAAGAUCAGCGCCGGAAUUAAUCGAUGUUUCCUCAAGAGACAUGGGUAGCUUUUCAAAGCAAUCACCGAUUAAUGAUAGGAGACUCACGACGGCAAGACUUGAGGUUUCAAACCAGCUUCAAAGCGGAAAAUUUGCAACGGACUCUCAAGGGCUCAUCAACCAAGAUAGUACUAGGAAUGCAAAUGAUGAUCUCACCCGAAAAAGAACGGACGAGGUGCCAAGAGAGUUCCUCUUGGAGAACAUGACCAGCAAAGUAUGGCCAUGGAUAUCACUCAUUGGAAAUCGUGUUCACCACUUGAUAUCUAGCGAAUUAAAAACAUACGUCGAUCCAUUAAUACCACAUUUGACCCAGGCCUGUUUGUCUCAUUGUGCACGCUCUCCAAGUGGGAUCGCUGACAUCCGUUUUAUCUUCAAGAACAAUCAGGCUUGA